UGUCUCUCUUACCCAAGACCUGGGCUCGGCUUUAGUCAAACAAAAGUAACAUUUGAGGAAGUAUUUUCGCCUCAAAGAGGAAACUCUACUUCGCACAUGAACUAGAAAAGAUCCAUGUGUGAUCACGGAAAAACCAUGGCUUGUCUCUCCAAAGGGCCCACGUUUGGUUAUUUAAUCUUGUUAACUUGGACUUUGUUUUUAUUUUCUUCUACGAGUGGACAAAAAAUGGAACUCCGCAUACUAAACCGUGUGUGUGUGGCUCUGAGAGGACAAAGUGUCACGGUGUCGUCUGUGUUGAAGAAACCAAACAAUCUAACAACAAACGACAACUUCCUGAGGUGUUAUGACCCUCUUCAAAAACUCAUCUACAUAAAGUAUCUCUUUAUAAUCGAAGGCAGUGGAAUUAAACAUGAUUUUCCUGUUGAAAACGUGAAUAUCUCUGGGAAUUAUCACUGUCAGUAUGAAAGUGCCCAGGCCUAUUGGUUUCUGAGGGUAAGAGACAGUGGUUAUAAAGAGGUGGGGGACUACACAGACAUCAUCGUAGCUUCUGUGAUCAUGAGCCUGCUGCUGGUUUUCAGUGUGGCCGGGUCCGUCUAUGUCUUCAGAGGAAAUUGGUUUUUAAAGGAAUGCUGCAAAACCCAGAAUAACGAAGGUAAUAAUGAAAGACAAAAGGAGAGAAGGGACACUGCAAAUACUGAACCAGCCCAGUCUGCGUCUGUUUACGCUAGUCUAGGGACUCGUCAAACCUCUGUUUAUGAUGUGCUGGAACACUCUGCUCCUGCUUCUGCUGAUGGACACAGAGACCAAACAAAAGCCCAAACACCCAAGAAAAGAGAAGCUCAAAAAACAGUAAGAGAUGCUCCUCAAAACCCAGAAGAGGGAAUAUUUGAGGGUGUCUAUGAAAACUUCUGAUGCCACUGCCCACACUCAAAACUUGGAAGAAAUGCAAUACGUCUUAAUCCCAUUUGAGUAAUAUUCAUUUGUUGUUUUAAAUUUGCUUUAUUUAUUUUUUUAAAUCCACCCGCA